AUGUCGUUCACGAAAGUAGUGAUUGAACGAGAAACGGACUCCGAAGAAGAGAGUUCAUCUGGAGAAGAAAAUGAUCAAGUCGAUGAUUACCCAUCCCAAGAAGAAGAAGAAGAUGAUAAUGAUCAAGUAGUAGAAAAUGAGGCUUCCACUACGACGUCGAGGAAACCAAAGACGAAACACAUCACUAUUUCUCUCAAGAAAGUCUGCAAAGUAUGCAAGAGACCGGGUCAUGAAGCAGGAUUUAAAGGGGCCACGUAUAUUGAUUGUCCAAUGAAACCCUGUUUCCUCUGCAAAAUGCCUGGCCACACUACAAUCAGUUGUCCACAUCGCGUGACUACAGAAUUUGGAGUCAUCCCAGCACCCCGCAGAGGAACUCAUAAUUCACUUGAAUAUGUUUUUGCUCGUCAGCUUAGGCCUUGCAUUUCUGCAAUUAAGCCCGCGGUUGUGAUCCCAGAUCAAGUAAACUGUGCAGUUAUUAGAUACCACAGUAGACGAGUUACUUGCUUGGAGUUCCAUCCAACAAAUAAUAAUUUUCUUUUAUCUGGAGACAAGAAAGGGCAGCUUGGAGUUUGGGAUUUCAAAAGAGUACAUGAGAAGACAGUAUAUGGGAACAUACAUGGUUGCAUACUUAACAACUUGAAGUUUAAUCCAACAAAUGAUGGAACAGUUUAUGGUGCUUCUUCGGAUGGAACUAUCAGCUGCACUGAUUUGGAGACUGGAAUGUCAAUGGGAUUGAUAAAUCUUAAUCCUAAUGGGUGGCAGGGCUCAAGCAGUUGGAGAAUGCUCUAUGGUUUGGAUAUAAACUCUCAGAGAGGAAAUUUAGUUGCUGCAGAUAAUUUUGGAUCUCUCUAUAUGGUGGAUAUGCGCUCCAACAGCACAAUGGGGGACCCUGUUUUGAUUCACAAGAAAGGAAGCAAAGUUACUGGUCUACACUGCCAUCCUCAUCAACCAGAUCUUCUGUUGAGUUGUGGAAAUGAUCACUUUGCUCGUAUUUGGGAUAUGCGCAAGUUAGAAGCGGGAUCCUCAAUUUAUGAUCUUGCACACAAUCGUGUCGUCAACUCAGCAUAUUUUUCUCCGCAAAGCGGCAGCAAAAUACUUACUACUUCACAGGACAAUCGCCUUCGUGUAUGGGAUUCUAUCUUUGGCAAUAUGGAUUCCCCAAGCCGAGAAAUUGUGCAUAGUCAUGAUUUUAAUAGACAUUUGACACCUUUCAGAGCGGAAUGGGAUCCAAAGGACCCAUCUGAGUGCCUCGUUGUUAUUGGGCGUUAUAUAAGUGAAAAUUAUAAUGGAGCAGCAUUGCAUCCUAUUGAUUUUAUAGACAUCAGUACAGGUCAGUUAGUUGCUGCGGUAAUGGAUCCAAACAUCACUACAAUCAGUCCUGUGAACAAGCUACAUCCUCAUGAUGAUGUUUUGGCAUCUGGUAGUUCAAGAUCAAUUUUCAUAUGGAGGCCCAAGGAGAAGUUUGAAUCUGAACUACAAGGAGAUGAAAAGAUGAUUAUUCUUUGCGGAAAGGGUGAAAAGAAACGCAGACAGUCUGAUGAUGAAAGUGAUGAUGCAAUAUAUAGAUCCAAGGGUAAGAGUUUGAAGACCAAAAAACCUAGUUUAAAAUCAUCCUCACAUGGCAGAAAGAGAAAAUGCUAG